GGGACAUGCUGUCUCCACAUCCGUAGACCCAUCCCUCCAUCGGUCACCAUAAAAACUCUGCUGAUGCUGAAGUUCUCCAGUCUCAUCACAAGCUCCACCAGACCGCCAUCAUGAAAUACCUGUCUCUUGCUCUCGCCCUCCUGCUGGCUGUCGGAUCACAGACUGCUCCCAUGCCUACUGAUGAUGUGUCCACAGCACUGAAUCAUGUUAGGCGUGUUAUGGAUGACAUAUUAAGUGAGAUUGAAGUACAGUUCCAAAAAGCCCUGGAAGGUGUUGAAGAUCCCAACCAGAGGUCAUUGCUGGGAGGAAAAAUUCAAGAAAGAUUUCGCAUGAUCAGGCAGGACUUGGGUGCUGUCCAAUCACAGACUGAUGGUGCACUGGAAGCCACUAGAGACAUGCGUCAAGCUGUCACACAACAAUUUAAAAGCCUGGCAGAUGACCUUAGGCCCAAACUUCUCCAUCUGAAAGAAGUGGUUGACAGGCACAUGGACGAGUACCGUUCCAUACUUGAGCCCAUCGCCCAGGACUACAAUGCAAGGCGCACUACUGAAAUGGAAAACCUCAGAGCCCAGAUGGAGCCAAUCAUUGAACGACUUGCAUCCAACAUCGAAGAGACCAAGUCUGCCCUGAUGCCCAUUGUUGAGUUUGUGAGUGCCAAGGGUCAUGAAUGGUUGCAAAACUUGAGAGAGGCUGCUUCGCCUUACAUAGAAGAAUACAGGGACCAAAUCAUGGGUGGCAUGAGAAAUGCAAGGCAUCAGGCCAGAAACAUCAACACUGAGGAUUUGUCUACUCUGCGUGACAAUGUUAUACCAAAGGCCAAUCAAGUAAUUACAAAAGUCAAGGAAAUCUUCAGCGAUAUUGCUUCUACCAUCAAUAAGGCCUAACUCCUCUCCUCCCUGUUCCUUUAACCAGCCCAUCCUCCCCAUCCGUCUAAAAUCCAUCCCACCUUCCCUGAAAAAAAUCACUCAAGAAGCUGACUCCUGUCUCAUGAAGCAAAAUAGUGGGACUCUCUCUCUCUCCCAUGCAAACAUCUUACUUUGUUUGACAUGCAGGCUUUAAUACACACUCAUCCACAUGCUUCACUCUGCAUGUCAUGGUGUAUUGCUCUCAUGUAUGUGAAUUCACCAUCAAGUGUCUGAACCUCUGUGUGAUGAUUGAAGAACAGAUCAAUAAACAUCUGACUGUCUUGCAA